AUGUUAAGAAUGUUUGAUGAUCAACUUCAAGUAGUUGAGAGUAUGAGUCUUAAUGCUAUGUAAAAGAUUAUAAAAGAUAAGUUAAUCAAAAAGAGGAGAAUGAUAAAUGAAAUUGCAGAUUUAUAUAUUCAAAUAAUUGAUUAAUACAAUAUCAAUCUAGAAAAUUUAAAGACUAAAUUAACAUCUGCUAUUGAAAUAAUGAUUAAUGCCAAUACAAAUUGGAUUAGAGAAUUGAAUUAAAAAAAAUAAGAUUCCUGUAUAUAUAGCUUUAUUGAUGAAUCAGAUAAUUAUAUUAGGAAUAGAGAAUAAUAUUUGCAUACAUUUUAAUUUGAUUUUUUUGAUAAAAUGAAUUACUCAUAAUUUAAUAAAUUAUAAAUAGGAAUUAAAUAAUUAAUUGAAGCACAUAGUCUUCAUUAAUACAAGAAAUUUAUUAAAAAUAUAAGUGAUGUUAAAGAAUAAAGAAAAUAAGUUGAAAAAGUAUCAUGGUAACUUUCAAAAGAUGGUAAUAUUCAAUUAAAAUUGUUAAGUAACUCUAUAAAGUAAGAUGGAAUAUCUUAAGCCUUGGCAUUUAAUUAUUAAACAAAUAUAUUGGUAACAAGUAAUGAUAAAGAAAUUAUCAUUUGGAAAUUUAAUGAAGGUAAAUUGGAUUAAUGGUAAAAAUAUUAAUUUUCUGGUUUUAUUACUAGUUUAGUAUUUAGUAAAACUUAGAAUAUAUUUAUUUCUGGCUCCACAGAAGUUUAUAUUUGGAAAUAACAUUAAAAUAAUUAAUGGACAAAAUCAAAUCCAUAUAUAUAUAACAAAAAGAUUUAAACUUCAUGUCUUGUUCUUAACUCAAAGGAAGAUCUAGUUAUCUAAGGAAACAAGAAUUCAACCAUAAAUAUUUUGGCUGUUGACUUUCAAUAGAAUAAGAUAACACAUUUAUAUUCAUUAAAAAAGCAUACUGAAUGGGUGAGUUCAUUAAGUCUAAACAAUUCAGAAAAUCUACUAUUAACUUGUGGAUACUAAGAAACAAUCAUCUGGAAAAAGGAUCAAGAUAAUAAAUGGAAAUUUAUGACUGAAGUUAUUAAAUACUCUACACCCAUUUAUCCAGAUAGGGCAUUAUUUUUAAAAGAUGAUUAAUUUAUUUUAUUUAAAAGUAGGAAUGGAUCUACUAGUGCAAUCGUAUAUUAAUAAAAUAAAUUAGAUUUUACUAAAUAUUAUGAAAUAUAGUUGAAUACUAUACCCACUUUAGAAUUUAAAUUAUAUCAAACAUUUGAAUUUCGACCAGAAUUGAAUUUAUUAUUUGUUAGAUAUAAAGAAUACAUUUACAUAUUAAGAAAAUAGGAUAAUGGAAAAUAUAAGAUUGCAUAUUAAUAAUGUUAUAAAACUGAUUAUAUAUAUGGAACUUUAUCAAAUAAUGGGUAAUACCUAGUGAUUUAUGAUGAAAGUUAAAAAUUACACAAUAUUUAUGAAUUAUAAAAUAAUUGA